AAUUAUUCACCAUCAUUAUUAAUUUUUUUAUAUUUGCCAUUGUUUAACAGACGUAUAACCUAUAUACGAUUGCCAAUCAUUGGCGCAGUAACGUGCAACGAUUUUCGGCCAUCAUUGGUUGCCCAUCAUAUACCAGCGUUAGUUAUUGAAUAUAUUUGCCAUUUUUAAACCGAUACUGGGCAAUGUCCUAGUGCCAAUAAUUGGCCAAAUAGUAAGAGUAAAAUUACAUAUAUGACCAGAGUCCCUAAGCAACACAAAAGUAUACGAGAAGCACGAGCGAGCACUAGUUCGCUGCCGCAUCACCAGAUGGCCACUGCAACUCGCAAGCAGAAUCGGAAGACCCUGAGAAUAAUUAGUCCUUCGAUGUUGCUGUUGCUUCAAUUUGUUUUGAACAUUAUUUUGAAUAACGUGGUAUUGUAUUCAGCAUUCCUCAUCCGUGAGAAAAGUAUUUCUUAAUAUUUUUUUCAAGACCAUACCGUCCGUUCAGAGAACUCUGUGGUUUUAUUUCUAUUACAGCAACCAAUCCAGCCAUUACUGCGAAAAUGGCCAUUGAUGCUGGUCCAAUAUUAGGCCUGCUGUACUUUCCUACAUAGGUUAUAAGGUAUUACCGCAUUCAGGUCCACAUCAGGCGCAAAUACAUCGGAUAAGACGUCCCUUAUUCAGAUCCCGAAUUGGAAUGGCAAAAUAUGUCAGGCCUCUUAAAUGGCAACCCUUAUCAGAUCCUUACCUGGCAAAUCUUAUCUGGACCUGAUGUACCAACGCCGUUAUAUCACUUAUCAGGACCAUAUAAGACAUACAGGUGUACAAAUAGAAGACAACCACAAACGUCUUCCAGAAACUAUAUCAUAUUAUAAUAAAACGAAGUUCGGAGUGAACUUCGUUGACCAGAUGGCACGCAAAUAUAGCGUAAAAGCAGGCAAUUUUCGAUGGCCUCUUCACAUCUUUUUCAAUAUAUUAGAUUUGGCAGCAAUAAACGCGUGGAUACUAUAUAAACAGUGCAACGGAGCCAAAAUAUCCAGGAACCAAUACAUGUUUAGUUUAGCCGAGGAAUUAGGUGCGGAAAACAAGGAGAAUAUUUGCCAACGAUCAGACGCUUUUUCAUCAUCUAUAAUACUACAAGAGCGAGAAAGUUUCCAAGUGGGCUACUGCAACAAAAAUAAAAGCAGUAAUUGUAUAUCUUGCAAAGAAGUGAUAUGCGGAAAAUCCACAGGCAAAGUGCAAUAUACCUGUAAAAAAUGUACUCAAUAAGUAGGAUUACCCGUUAGUAUUAUUGUUAUUAUUUCCAUGAUAUUUUUCAAAGGACUUUUUAUUUCUUGAUACUUUAUUUAAACGUGAAGCCAAAUAUUAUGCAAUUUUGAGUUAACUUGAAUAAAUCUGUUUUUUAAAGAAAGUGCGUAUUUUCAUUCACCCGUAAAUUUGACGGGUGCCGUAGAUAUAGGUAUAUAAAAAAUGUCCGUAAACCUAGUGUUAGGAAUCCGGCUGCCACGUUCGGGCCUUGAUGUCCCCUCGAACAGAAUUUCUAGUCGGGCAGGACCAUAUAAGGUAGCCUGAACGGGGUCUUAAAUUCAGAAUCCGGCUGCCACGCCCGGGCCUGAUGUUCUCCCGAACGGAAUUUCUAGUCGGGAUGGGGCUUCCAUAUGAGACCCCUAAGAGAAUUAGGGAAUAUUAAUCGGGGUCUUGGAAGAACCCUGAUAAGCUUUUUUCGCGGGGUCUGUUAUUUUGAAUUCCGUAAGUAUACAGGCAACGUAUCUUCGAUGCCCCAAUUAUUACGGUGUUGGAGAAUCAGUAUACGAGCAAUGUAUGGUCGCCAUUUUGGGUCCAAUUGCCGUGAGGUAAGUGGGAAGACCGU